AUGGGUCAGGGACCGGGCAUGGCGCUGGUGCUGCUCCUGGCACUGGCGUCUCUGCUCAAGUCUCUGGCUGCAGAAACUCAAUGUGAAAACAUUUACCAAGGCUUCUCUGACUGCAUCUUAAGACUGGGGGAAAACAUGGCCAGCUUUGAAGAUGAAAGGACCCAGGCCCAGGAGCUGCGCACUGUCUGUGGAUAUUGGGAUGAGUUUCACGCCUGCGCUAUGACGGCCCUGUGGGAGUGCCAGCAGGAGGCUGCAACUGUCUGGGAGAGGCUGAAAAAAGAGUCCAAGAAAAUUCAAUUCCAAGGCAGCCUCUUUGACCUCUGCGCCUCGCAGAAUUCCAGCACCACGCGGAUUCCUCAUAUAUUGCUGUUAAGCAUCACUUCAGUGGUCACUUGGCUGAAUUUAUAAAGGGGGGAGUGCUGAAAUUCCAACAUCUGUACAAUUAUAUGCCCUCUACCCAUGUGUUUGAUUAAAUAUUGUUAGGUUA